CGACCACCAACGCGUCGUGCGCCUCUUGGAGAAGCAACCAGUAGGAUCAACAAUACGCAAUAUCCCCCGGAUAUACGCUCCUCGAGAAGUACCCUAACUCCUCGCCAUGAAAGUUUUAGACAGGACGGCUUUCUCAAGGUUCGGAAUGUAGCUCCAGACUCACCACUUUCCCCAGAGGAUCAUCACCCGCUGCGAGGCUUUGAGCGAGAAACAUCGGCAAACCCCAGUAUGGCUAAUCCGCGUCUUUCGGCUAUACCUAAGGACUACCCUGGGCCGGAUUCCAAUCGUAAUUCCCAGAUAUCGACCGUCUCAACCAAUGCAUCGGACGGCAAGCGCAUCAAAGCAUGCAUUGGGCCAUGGAAGCUGGGGAAGACAUUAGGAAAAGGAGCAACUGCUCGAGUGCGACUGGCACGUCAUGCAUACACGGGGCAAGAGGCGGCUAUCAAAAUCGUUCAGAAGAAGAACGCGCAGAUGUCACAAGCUGGAAGUCUAGCUGCUCUCGAUCAAGUAGAAUCCAGCUUGGCGGACUCUGAAGAUGGGUUUCGCAGAAUGCCGAUCGGAAUAGAAAGAGAAGUGGCUAUCAUGAAGCUCAUCCAGCAUCCGAACAUCAUGAAGUUGUACGAUAUAUGGGAGAAUCGCACCGAGAUAUACCUAGUGUUAGAAUACGUGGACAAGGGAGAGCUUUUUGAACAUAUUACGGUGAACGGGCGAUUGGAUGAGGAGGAAGCCAUGAAGUACUUUCGACAGAUCCUCAGUGCAGUCGGUUAUUGUCACUCUUUCAACAUCUGCCAUCGAGACCUGAAGCCAGAGAAUAUACUGUUGACAAAGGGAGGUGACAUCAAGAUUGCUGAUUUUGGAAUGGCCGCUUUGCAUCAGAGCCCCGAUCACAAGCUCAAAACUUCGUGUGGAAGCCCGCAUUAUGCCGCCCCAGAGCUGAUACGGGGUUCAACUUACCGUGGCGACAAGGUUGAUAUUUGGAGCAUGGGUGUUAUUCUUUACGCCACUCUUGCUGGAAGAUUGCCCUUCGAUGUUGAAGGAACUGGUAAGGAUUGGAUCGGUCCACUUCUAAUGAAAAUUAGGAAAGGGUCAUAUGAAAUGGCCCCAGAGUUCAGUCCCGAGGCAGCCAAUUUGAUCUGGAGAAUUCUGCAGGUAAAUCCCAGGGAUAGAAUCAACUUGAACCAAAUAUGGAGACACCCUCUCGUGAGGAAAUACGAUUAUCUGGACGAUUAUGGAGCAGGUAUGAGUCCACAGUCCCCUGAUAUAAAGAGCUGUGGGCGCCCAGUUCUCCGUAGGAGCGAUAUCAACAAGGAAUUGCUGCGGCAUUUGAGGUCUCUGUGGCACAGACUUACUGAGCAAGAACUUGUGGAUGCACUUUUGAGCGGCGAGCCCAAUGAUCAGAAAUUGUUUUAUAGUCUUCUCCUGAAAUACAGGGAUGCACAGCUGGAGAAUUACACACCUGAUAUUGGAUAUUCUACAAGUGAUUACCAUCAUGUUAGACCACUUGCUCUAACAAAGGCAUAUUCAACCCGACAAUUCCCUCAACCCAAAUCGGCAGGUCAUGGACGCCAGAUUUCGCGGUUCACUGUCAUCAGCAAUGUCGCGGAGACAGAACAGAGCUAUGAUCCAUUCAAAGCUUCACGUCCUCAACACCUCGAUUCAGUUCGGGCAGCAGACAGAGCUAAGAUAACCAUCCAUCGCACUCGGCCAAGCGCUCAUGAGAAAGAUGAGAUGAUGAAUCCACUAACCAAACCCCGACAAUUAUCUCAUACUUCCGGGUCAAUAGCAAGUGGCAGCGAUCGUGGCAGGCUCCUGAAGCUUGCGCCUCCUCGUGGCUUUACUUCACGUAGUUCUUUAGCUAGUUCUACUCGGAGUCGGAACAGUGCCCCAUACAUGCGAGCCCCCGUUGGACAUAAACGAGGUGUCGAUUUUUCACACCUUCGAAGGCGAUCUGGCAGUAGUCAGAGGGUUGCAUCUGCGCCAUCAGCUGGAGCUUUUGAGCGUCAUAGCAACAACACAGAGGUAACUGAUGACGGUGGCGAUUUUCUACACCCAGGAGGGGAUACCCCGCCUUCAACACGAUACAUCCGCUCAAGGAAAGCUCAAUCAACAGCGGCUCAACCUUUAUUAUCUCUCACAAAGCCUGCUCGUACGAGCCAACUAUGGACAGAUGACGUUCGGCAACUUAGUACUAGUCUAGCCAGAGAUUGUGAUGAAGCCUUCAAUCGAUCAUCCGUGGUAUCAAAUACUGAAACUCAAAGAAUAAACAGCAAGCCAUCUGCCGUGUUGACACCUAAAAGAACCCGACCAUCUGCCGGCCAGUACGCCAAGCGUACAUCUUUGAACAAUCGACCUUUACCUCCACCUCCUGCUCGAUCGGAUUCGGUCAAGAUUGAACUCAUGCAGGCCCGCAUCCAGGCAGAACUUCGAAAAACAACUGCUGGGGACGAAUCACACGAAUAUCUUGACCGGAUGGUGUCACACAUAGACCGUCUCAUACAACCGUCGUCGUCCGCAUAUACUUAUACUAAUCACCGAGUAUCAUCCGCUCCUGUGGACAGCAGGCACGCAACAUCCAGUCGGCAUCUGCCAUCGAUACAUGAAGUACGGAAAGAAGAAGAUUCACCUCGUCGACCAACAGCCAGCCGUAUUGCAUCAGCUCCUGAAUCUCGAUACUUAAACGGAGAUUUUACAGGUAAUCGUUUUACUGAACUAGACUCUAAUGUAAGAGACACCAUCCGCGUGGUCGAUCAGUCCUCUCUAGGUAGCCCAGUCAAGAUGCCGGCACCGCUCAAGAUUCGGAAAAAGAGCUCUCAAGGCGCAACAUCAGUUACAGUGGGAGGAGGUACUGGAAUCGGGUCGGGCAGAGGUUUCUACUCAACUAAAGACGGCCAGUCAGGACUAGAACCUCUGCAGCAAGAUCAUGCUGGGUCAAAGUUGGACGUGAGACCCGAUCUUGGACGCAUCGAUGGAGAUUGUGAUGAUGAUCAAUUCGCAAAUGAGAGCAAUUCCAGCACAAUUGUGAGAAAGAAGUCAGGCUGGUUCAAACGCAGCUCCAAAUCUGGGGAUGAGCAGGACUGGAGAAUGUCAAGUGGAGGAUUGAACGCUAACCCGUCCAAGUCAUUAAGUAAUGACACAGCACGAACCCAGCUCGACAACGUUCCAUUACCUCCAAAGAAGAAGGGCUUCAGCUUCGGUAGGCUGUUUAAGAAGCGUCCUUCGAAGACGGAUAUGAGACUCGGUGGUAAGUAUAGGCAGGCCGGUUUCUCUUUGUGGCAGACCACUUAUAUAUCAACAGACGAUAUUUUCGAUGAUAAUGAAAGUGAUGAAGACUCAAGUGCCGAAGCCCAAACCCAGUCCCAUAUCAGACGGGCCACUAACAACGGAAACUCUAAACCUCGACAAAUAGAACCGCAGAGGAACUGGCUAGCAAAACUCUUCAACGUCAAGCCUGCCUCGAAAUUUAUCUGCUUUUGUGUCUCAAAGCGUAGAGCUCGGCAGGAGAUCACUACCAUCCUUAAGGAAUGGAAACGAUACGGGAUUAGAAAUAUUCAGGUAGACAAGGAGAGAAAUGUUGUGUUUGGGAGAGUGUCCGCCAAGAACUAUCUUGAUAUCAAAGAGGUUGCCUUUGCAGGGGAAAUCAUGACAGUCAUCGAACACGGAAAGCGAUCUCGUCUUAGCAUCGCACGCUUUACGCAGGAGAGAGGUGCUGCCAGUAGUUUCCACAAGGUUGUUGAAACCCUGGAGACCGUACUCAAAUGUCGUGGGAUGCUAGUCGCGGAUGAGCGGAAGAAGAGAAGGAUGGUGAAGACGUUGAAUUCU